AUGUCUACGCCACCCACGCCAUCCACCCGGACUAUUCUAAAGGACCACGCUAUUACCACACCACGAUCAAACUCCAGCCACCAUCAUCAGCCGUGUCUGCGAUUAGCCUCGGGUAGCCGGGGCCCCAUUGGACUGGAAGCUACACCCGAACCAGAACCUUUGGUAACCCCCCGGCGCCCAGGCUAUCCAGAUGAAGAAAUCUGUGCCUUGGGUACGCAGGGCACCGACAGUGCGGACGAUAGGACCCCACCGGAACUGGCGGGUACCCUCUGCGACCACAGGACGAAAAAUAUUGAGAAGAGCCCAGCAUUCGGUCCCGGUAUUCGGGGCCCCAUCGGUGCGGACGCCAUUCCCACACCGGAACUGAUGGUAACCCCCCGGAGCCGGGGCCUGCCUGGAAGAGGGACGGACAAGGGUGGAAACACCCAUACCCCUAAGGACAACGAGGGAUCUUCUUUGAUUGCGAGGAUCGGGACGGAAAAGGGACGUCAUUCCCAUUCCCCGAAGGAUAACGGAAACGAAGAAGGGUCAACAUCUGCCGGCCACGCAUCGACGAAGCAACGGAACCAUCCAAAAUUUCUUUCUCCCGUUGGAACAUCCCUGCCUUGGGUGGGUGGAACGCCUCCACCUGCCUCUGGUGGGGCUCUGUUUCAUUCGGUCCGCGUUCUAAACCCAUCGGCAAUCUCCGCUGCCGUACUUUCGACACCCGGGUCCGAUGGAACUCCCCCGCCUGGCUAUCGCGGGUCUCUAUCCGACGCCGACUAUGCGAACGAAACCGCCGACAACACGGAUGAAAUCAACGCCUCUGGCCACUACGACGUUCGACAUUCCGUCAACAUGAGCUGCGAAAGCACCGACUCGGCAACCGCCUUCCCGAAGCCGGCCCUGCCAAAGCCCGUUAACUUUCUGCUUCAAUGGAACCUUAACGGGUUCUUCCAACACCUGGCCAAUCUGGAACUUCUCUGCCAAGACAGCCUGCCAUGGGUGAUCGCCCUGCAGGAGGUAAACAAAGUGACGGUGGAACAAAUGGACCGUACGUUAGGAAGGAAAUACGCAUGGAUAAUGCAGCGUGGUAGCAACUUCCGUCACUCGGUAGCCAUUGGAGUCCUACGAGAGGUUGCCUUCCACCCGAUUGACGUCGCGUCCGAUCUCCCCUUCAUCGCCGUCCAGCUAGAAGGCCCUGUCAACAUUGCCGUUGCCUGCGCCUACCUGCCAUGCGGCCGAUUGAAUGGCCUCAACAACCAAGUGAAGAGUGCCAUCGACAAGCUCCCAGAACCACGAAUCCUCGUCGGGGAUAUGAAUGGGCACCAUCCCAACUGGGGAUGUCCGAGACCGAACAACCGCGGGUCCGCUCUGGCGGACCUUUUUGAAAGCGAAGACCUUGUCGUGCUCAAUGACGGGGCACUCACCUUCUUCAAUGGACGCCAUGCCACCGCCAUUGAUGUAUCCGCUGUCAGCCGAGACGUUGCUGGCAAGUUUCAAUGGACCGCCAAUUCGGAUUUAUAUGGAAGCGACCACUAUCCCAUACAGAUACAGCUACAUGCCGCAGCCGCCCCCGUAACCACCCGUAGGCCACGCUGGAGGUAUGACAAAGCUGAAUGGGAAGUGUACAGAAACGCCAUCCUCUCCGGUAUCAGCGAACAGGGUCCCGGUAACAUCCCCGACCUGACGAAGACAAUCCUCGAUGCAGCCGCCGCAUCCAUUCCCAAGACCAGCAGCAUCCCUGGACGAAAAGCCCUUCGAUGGUGGACCGAAGAAACGAAGGCAGCCGUGAAAGUCCGACGGAAGGCCCUCCGUAAGCUGAGAAGAACGAAGCCAGACGAUCCCGGCCGGGAUGGCAUUCUCGAACGUUAUCGCGGACUGCACAUCCAAUGCAGGCAAACGAUCCGGAGUGCCAAGCAGGAGAGUUGGACGAACUUUCUCGACAGCAUAGAUGCAUCCCAGUCCUCGGCAGAUCUUUGGAGCCGUGUAAACGCCCUCAGUGGCAAAAGACGUUCGAGCCCGCUGCAGGUGCAGUCUGAAGAUGGCACCAUCUCCGAACCAGUAGCCGUUGCCGAUGAGCUAGGGAAGUACUUCGCGGAGCUUUCAGCUAUCCCUGGAUACGGCGAGAACUUUCGUCGCCGCAACAACGCCACACCGGCCUCGAUUGGCAACUUUCCCGUACCGGUCGACAACGAUAGCGCCAGGAUAAACGGUGUUUUCUCCUGGGAGGAACUACAGUUUGCGCUCAGUAAGAGCAAGGGCAAAUCGGCGGGUCCCGACGAACUCGGAUACCCCCUACUAACACACCUACCGAUCGAAGGCCAAGUCCGUAUGCUUGAGCUCUUCAACGAACUUUGGACCACCGACUCCUAUCCAGCAUCGUGGAGGGAAAGCCUGGUCAUUCCGAUCCCGAAGACUAACGAAACAACGAAAGACGCGACGAAGUUCCGGCCCAUUGCCCUCACCUCCUGCAUGAGCAAGGUGUUCGAGCGGAUGGUGAACCGGAGAUUGAAGACCUUUCUGGAGACGAAUAGCUUGCUCGAUCACCGGCAACACGCCUUCCGUCAAGGAUGCGGCACCUCUACCUAUUUUGCCACACUGGGAGACGUGCUGAAAGAUGCCUUCGACCAGGGACACCACACCGAAAUCGUUUCGCUUGACAUCUCCAAGGCUUUCAACCGAACCUGGACUCCGGCCGUGCUUGCCCAACUCGUCCGUUGGGGACUUAAGGGACACAUGGUCCACUUCGUUCGGAAUUUCCUCACCGACCGCUCCUUUCGCGUCGCCAUUGGUAACGCCAAAUCCAGCAGCUUUCGGGAAGAAACGGGGGUCCCCCAGGGAUCCGUGAUCUCUGUCACGCUUUUCUUAAUUGCGAUGAACGGUGUCUUUAACCGGCUACCCAAGAACGUGCACAUCUUUGUGUAUGCCGACGACGUACUCAUCGUGGUAACCGGGCCCACCACAAUCCGCACCAGGAACAUAGCGCAAGCUGCCGUCACAGCCGUCGUGAAAUGGGCCGAAACAGCUGGUUUCCAGCUCUCGGCCAGGAAAAGUGUUAGAUGCCACGUCUGCCCGUCCCGACACAGGGUAAGCGGGGCCGCCAUCAAGAUCGCCGAUCAAGCUAUCCCCGUUAGGAACUCCGUUCGGAUUCUGGGUGUUCUGGUGGACCGCACGUUGUCUUUCGUGCCCCACUUCAACCAGGUGAAGAAGGAUUGUAGAAGCAGGGUCAAUCUGGUCAGGACCAUUUCCAGGCCACACCGAUCCAACAACCGGGCAGUUCGCUUCCGUGUCUCGCAAGCCAUCAUCGACAGCCGGCUGCUGUACGGAACCGAACUUACGUGCAUCGCAUCGGAGAAGCAGGAGGAAAUUCUUGGCCCGACUUCCAACAGUUGUAUCCGGAUCAUUUCCGGUCUCCUACCUUCCACCCCCGCAGAUUCUGCGUGUGUUGAAGCAGGGGUUCUACCCUUUCGGUACCGCAUCAUAAACGCCACGCUGUACAAAGCUGCAUCCUUCGCCGCCAAAACAGCAGGGAAUGGCAGAGUCUUCCUCCUCGACGAGGGGGAUAGAAUCAUGCAAUCGAUCGCCAGCAUCGACCUCCCCCCGGUGGCUAGGAUCCACUGGCACGGAGAGAAGAGUUGGCUCUCUUCCAAACUCAUAAUCGAAAACGCGAUCAAGAAUCGAUUCAAAGCAGGAGACAACUCUGUAGCCCUACGUUGCACAGUAGCUGAGCUUCUCAGGUCCAAGUUUACCGAUUUCACCCACCGGUACACCGAUGGUUCCCGAUCCAACACGGGCGUUGGCAUCGGAGUAUCCGGAAGUGGCAUACUCGUCAGCAACAGCCUACCACCGCAGUGCUCCGUUUACUCGGCAGAAGCGGCCGCGAUCUUCCACGCGGCUACGUCACCAGCUAAUCAACCGAUUCUUAUUUUGACAGAUUCGUACAGCGCUAUCCAGGAGCUCUGCUCGGCAACUCCCACCCACCCGUGGAUUCAGGCUACUGUCAAGUACGCACCCAGUAAUACCGUUUUUGCGUGGAUACCCGGCCACUGCGGAAUUCCCGGAAACGAGGCAGCCGACCAACUCGCUGGAACUGGACCGUCGGGUCCCAGAUUCACCGACAAAGUUCCCCUCCAGGACGUCAGACGGUGGAUUAAGGCCACCGUUCGGAAGGCAUGGACCGACCAAUGGGCCAGCACUCGAGGGCCUUUCAUCCGGAAAAUCAAGGGAACCACGGAGGCAUGGACGGACCUCCGAAACCUACCGGACCAGAGGAUACUCUCGAGGCUGAGGACUGGACACUGCCGUCUAUAUCUCAACUUCGGCGGAGGACCCUUCCGCAGGAGCUGCACUAUCUGCCACGUUCCGGCAACCGUCGAACACCUACUGUGUGUCUGCCCGGAAUUCCAGGACCUCCGGGAGACUUACGGGAUUACCUCCAGCAUCCGGAACCUGCUCGGAGAGGACUCGCCUGCUGCCGACGCCCUCCUGGUAUUCCUGAGGGAGGCGAAUUUGUAUCAUCAAAUUUAG